ACAGCAGAGGCCAGAGAAAAGAAAUAAACUGAACUGCAGCACUUGUUAAGGUCGGAUCUCGAUAGAGCGAAAAAACUUCCUUGGAGCUACGGCGCCAAAGUCAAACAAGACGAGCGGUAGUUCUGAGUUCAUUUGGCAACCUGUUGCUUAGACUAGUAAGGAGGCACUUGCAACAUGGCCAAAGGCCACACUACUCUGGGCUGUGAUGGCCCCGGCAUGAGUGUUUUCCUGAUGGGCUUGUUUACGGGAACAUUCAGCUCUAUAACCAUCAAGGUCGCCUAUCAAAUGACUUCAGUCGGCGCGGACGGGACGAGAAAACCGUUUGAAAAGCCUCUUACUACAACGUUUCUCAUGUUCAUGGCCAUGGCGAUGGCCCUUCCAGCCAUGCGCGUCUACGCUCGUCUUUACCCUCCCUCUCCAUCGGACGAGCCCAAACCGCUGAACUGGCGUCUCUGUCUGCUUGUCCUCGCUCCCUCCCUCUUCGACCUCGUGGGGACAGCUUUUGCGAAAGCCUUCGUAUUGAAGGACCAUCUCGCCCCGCACAUGUGGCUCGGUGUUAGCAUCAACCUUGUGGCCAUGGUACUUGUGGCCUCCACCACCUUCUUCGAUCACAAAAAUACUGUUGACAAUCGAGACCCCCGUGUGGGUAUUGGUUUCAUCCUUUUGUCGUGUCUGGUCCAGGGCACUCAAUACGUGUUUGAGGAGAAGGUUAUGACAGUGGAAAGCCUCCCGCCGAUGGUGCUGGUUGGGUUGGAGGGCUUCUGGGGCAUGAUCCUCAUGCUUUUGGUCGUCUUUCCCUCAGCCUACUAUCUUCCCGGAACCGAUGAGGGCGGUUCUAUGGAGAAUGUCUUCGACUCGCUGGCGAUGGUUCGCAAUAGCGCACCGCUACAGGCAGUCCUCCUUAUAUUUUUCCUCACGGUAGCUUGCUACAACAUCUUUGCCAUCUACGUCACGCAUUUUCUUUCCUCAGUCUGGCACGCCAUCCUCGACAACUUCCGGCCCAUCUCUGUCUGGGGCACGGACCUUCUCAUCUACUACGUCUUCACGUACGGCCGCUUUGGAGAGGCCUGGACGGUCUACUCCUGGCUGCAGUUUGGAGGAAUGCUCCUCCUCUUUUUUGGCACCGCCGUCUACAACGGCUCCGUACCUUGGCUUCUCUUUCCUUCCUACGCUGGCUAUGAGAGGGUCGAGGCCGGGACGGAGGAAGGCAAAGGUGAUGCCAGGAUUCGGGCGCAAUCAAUUGAGGAUUUUGCACCUGUCAUUCGGACAGAUCGUAGUAUGAUCAUGCUCCGGGUAGACUGGCAUCCUCCUAUCAAGGGAGUGCAGGAGGACGGAGGGAUAUAGGUUCAGGCAGUUAUGGAAAUACCAUCACUUUCGCAUCAAUGUCAUUGCGAGAGUUACAAACUCAUCAUGGUGGAAAUUUUUAUACACGAUCACGUGAAAGGAAGAAAGGACAAGACGAACGGGGCGAGGGGGUCUCGGGAGUGCAUCCACCUAUGUCGAAUCCCUCGCAAGGAGAAAAAGAACGAGGAAAGGUGGACAGAGUGUAUCAGGGCCAGAGAGAGAGCAAGAAAGAAGGGGGUGACAUGCGUCUAUCCUUAACAUCAUCAGUGGAGGAAGGAACAAUUGGGGUAAAGAAUUGAACAAGGCAAGAAGACGGGAUGAGGCAG